GCAAACUGUUUUCGUGGUAUUUACCGACCUCUAACGACAUCUUCACGAUACAACGCAAGUAAAAAAAUUGGCGGCAAUUACAAUGCGAUUUUUCUUACAUAAUUUCGAAUCUCCUUAUCUAAACGCUAUAAAAAGGUAAUAAAAAUUAAUAAAAUUUCGUCGGUAGCCGACAUAAACGAAUUUUAGCGGCCUAUUAUAGUAUAAAAGAAAUCCGAACCAGAAAUCGUAAGUCGUAACAGAAUAUUUCGCGAUUGCGCCUUGAAAAUAGUCUAGGUUAGAGUUAUGCUUCUGAAUAAAAUAAUAAAUAAAAACGCGUGUAUUAAACUGUUGAAAGAAGUUCGUUCGCAAUGGCAACUCCGAGGCAUUCCUGUUCGAUUUCAUUCGAGACGUCGUUUAGAAGAAGCUUAUAAUUUAAUUAAAAACAAAUGCCAAUCCAAGAAGCUACCCAAGGAUGUAAACUCCGCAGCAGUAUUCGCUUGCAAUGAAUUGGAUCUCAAAGAAGUCAAAGUAUAUGGCUUCGAUUACGAUUACACAUUGGCCUGCUACAAACCCUCCUUGGACUAUCUCCUCUAUAACUUAGGCCGCGGGACGCUCAUCGAACAGUUUAAAUAUCCGAAAGAAAUAGCCCAGCUCGAGUACAAACCCGGCUUCGCCGUAAGAGGGCUGCACUACGACAUAGAAAAAGGCGUCUUGCUGAAAUUGGAUUCCUUCCUACAAAUCCAGUUCGGCAGCGUUUACAAAGGAUUGACGCCUUUAUCGAACGAAGAGGUUUUGAAGUUGUACAGAAACAGGAUCAUUCCCAUAGCUUAUGUCGAGGGCCAUACGAAGAAUGCUUCGUUGACCUUACAGGGCUCCCAUACUAAAAUGGUACAACUAGCGGAUCUCUUUUCAGUGCCUGAAAUGUGCCUCAUUUGCAACGUAGCUGAUUAUUUCGAAAGGAAUCACAUCGAUUACCAUCCGGAAAUAUUGUUUAGAGACAUCAAGAAUUCCAUUAAAAAUUCUCAUCCGGUCAUGCACAAAAUCGUCUCCAAAAACGUGUCCGAGUACAUCGAAAGUAACGACAAAUUGAGACCGUUCUUCGAUCGACUGAUAAAAGCCAACAAGAAACUAUUUCUGGUUACUAACAGUCCUUUCGGAUUCGUUAACAAAGGAAUGGAAUUCAUGGUGGGAACCGAUUGGAAGGAUUUAUUCGAUGUCCUCAUUGUACAAGCCAGGAAGCCCAAAUUCUUCACGGACGUUUCGAGGCCCAUUCGAGUGUUCGACGAAAGAAGCGGAAUGCAUAUCUGGGAUAAAGUAAACAAGUUGGAAAAAGGAGUCAUUUAUUACGAAGGCACAGUUAAACAGUUACAGGAGCUAACAGGCUGGAGCGGACAUCAAGUCCUAUAUUUCGGGGAUCAUCCUUACAGUGACUUGGCUGAUGUAACUCUGGAACAUGGCUGGAGGACCGGUGCUAUUAUCACUGAACUUACCCACGAAAUAGCUACUUUGAAUAACGUGGAAUUCAAGAAAAACGCCAACUGGCUGCAAAUGCUGACGCAGCUCAUAGAAGAUCAUCAAGAUUGCGAAAAUAAAGAGGAACAAAUCAUAUUAGCUAAAUGGAUGGCAGAAAGAGACCAAUUGAGGAAUGAUAUCAAAUGCGUGUUCAACGAACAGUUCGGCAGCGUCUUCCGGACGUACCACAAUCCGACUUACUUUUCCAGGAGAUUGUUCAGGUUCGCUGAUAUUUACACAUCGAACAUAACUAAUUUGUUGAAUUACUCCGUCAAUCACACGUUCUAUCCGAGGAGAGGUGUCAUGCCUCACGAAUAUACCUCUUAUUUCGUUUAAUGGUUGCCGUUGUUGCCGUUACUAUUGCUAGUCAAGUACAAGUUUUAAUAGGGAUAGAUGAAAUUGUUCGAUUGUUACGUGAAGUAUUGGUAUUAUUGAAUUGAGGAUAGUUAUAGAAGCGUUAAGUACAAGCGUAACUGCAAAUUUGUGUGCAAUAUGGUCAGUUCUAUAAGUUGAACAGAGAAAGGUUAUUAAUAUAACAGUGUACUCUAUCUUUUUCUUUUUAUACGAAACUAAUGGAAGUUGUCUUUGUUGUACACCAUAUUGCGCACAAAUUUGCACUUAUCUGUAUGUAGUUUAAGUAUAAAUGUUUCAAACUGUUGUAAGUGUACAUAUGGAAAGUUUUAUUAUUUUUGCACUAUAUGUAUACACUAUAUGCGUUAUACACUUAAUUUUAAUCUAUAAUUUAUUUAUUUAUUAAGCGUAUAAUUGGCGUAAAUGUAUAAGUUUUGUAAGCUCUCUAUAAGAACAACUGAUUCAUGGUCUCGAUCCAGAAUUAUUUAUUAUUUUUUUCAAUUCAAUUAGAUUUCAUUUAAAACAAUUAUCGAUUAAGAAUCUUAAAGCCAUUUUACAGUAACAUUACUCAAAUUACAUAAGUAUUAGAUAGAUGCAAUUGCUGUGGGUGAUAAUCAAACGAGUGCCAUUUGGAAUCAUUUUUCAAAGUAAUUCAUGUACUGUAUUAUCGUGUGUCAUUAUGUAUGUGAUAAAUGCUUAUUUGAUUAAAUAUGCAUAAAAAUGUUCAAUUAAAAUUAAAACAAAGAUUAUAAAGGUACAAUUUAUAUAUUGUGCUUGAUAAUAUACAUAUUAUAUACAGGAUGAUUGGUAAGGACUUUAUUCUAUUUAGGUAUAGACUUUAUCCAAUAAAAGUUCCUUUAAAUCAAAAAAUGUUUCAAUUUUUUUGUG